CCGAGCCGAGCCCAGCGGAGCGCGCCGGCCACCGGUGGCGGCCGCCAGCAUGCCCUGGCCCGCGGGCCGCUCUGCCACCAGCCAUCCCCGCGGCCCUCGGCGGCCCGCGCUCGGCCGGGGGUCGCGGGAGCCUGAGCCGCAGCCGGAGCCGGAGCCGGAGGCGGCAGCCGCGAACAGGAGCCCCGGGCGCCCGAAUGCAGGGUGAGCGCCACCGCCCUGGUCCAGGGGCAGCCGAGCGGGAGGAUCCUGGAGGGAGGACAGAUGCUCGAGGUCCCCAAUGUCUCGGAGCCACCAAGGGUGAGGGCUGCUGCUCCACGCCCCAAGGAGGAUGCCUCAGCCACCUGCCCGUUCCCAUCUGCACCAUGAGUGAUGAGCAGCGGCUGCCUGGCAGUGCGGUGGGCUGGCUGGCGUGCGGGGGCCUCUCCCUGCUGGCAAACGCCUGGGGCAUCCUCAGCAUUGGUGCCAAGCAGAAGAAGUGGAAGCCCCUGGAGUUCCUGCUGUGCAUGCUCGCAGCCACCCACAUGCUCAAUGUGGCGGUGCCCAUCGCCACCUAUGCCGUGGUGCAACUGCGGCGGCAGCGCCCUGACUAUGAGUGGAACGAGGGCCUCUGCAAGGUCUUUGUGUCCACCUUCUACACGCUCACCCUGGCCACCUGCUUCUCUGUCACCUCACUCUCCUACCACCGCAUGUGGAUGGUCCGCUGGCCCGUCAACUACCGGCUGAGCAACACCAAGAAGCAGGCCGUGCACACAGUCAUGGGCAUCUGGAUGGUGUCCUUCAUCCUAUCGGCCCUGCCUGCCGUCGGCUGGCACGACACGACCGAGCGCUUCUACACCCACGGCUGUCGCUUCAUUGUGGCUGAGAUCGGCCUGGGCUUUGGCAUCUGCUUCCUGCUGCUGGUGGGUGGCAGCGUGGCCAUGGGUGUGGUCUGCACUGCCAUCACCCUCUUCCAGACAUUGACCACGCAGGUGGGGCGCCAGGCCAACCGCCGCGCCUUCACUGUGCCCACCAUUGUGGUGGAGGACGCACAGGGCAAGCGACGCUCCUCCAUUGACGGCUCAGAGCCCGCCAAAACCUCGCUGCAGAUCACGGGCCUCGUGGCCACUAUAGUCGUCAUCUACGACUGCCUCAUGGGCUUCCCCGUGCUGGUGGUGAGCUUCAGCAGCCUGCGGGCAGACGCCUCGGCGCCCUGGAUGGUACUCUGUGUGCUGUGGUGCUCUGUGACCCAAGCCCUGCUGCUGCCUGUGUUCCUCUGGGCCUGUGACCGCUACCGGGCUGACCUCAGGGCUGUAUGGGAGAAGUGUGUGGCCCUCAUGGCCAACGAUGAGGACUCUGAUGACGAGACCAGCCUGGAAGGUGGCAUCUCCCAAGACCUGGUGUUGGAGCGUUCCCUCGACUACAGCUAUGGAGGUGAUUUUGUGGCCCUGGACAGGAUGGCUAAGUAUGAGAUCUCUGCCCUGGAGGGGGGCCUGCCCCAGCUCUGCCCACUGCAGCCCCUGCAGGAGGACAAGAUGCAGUACCUGCAGGUCCCACCCACGCGGCGUUUCUCCCACGACGAUGCAGAAGUGUGGGCCGCAGUUCAGCUGCCCACUUUCCUGCCACGCUGGGGCUCCGGCGAGGAUCUGGCCACCCUGGCGCGCCUGGUGCUGCCCGCGGGACCUGACUCAGGCCGCAGCAGCCUGCUGGCCUUCGGCAAGGACGCGCCCCCGUUCCGUCCGCGCCGCCGAUCCGCGGAGAGCCUGCUGUCCCUGCGCCCCCAGACCCUGGACAGCAGCCCGCGACGCGCCCACGACUCGCCCCCCGACAGUCCCAGCAGCCCGCGCCGCCGCCCUGGGCCCGGCGCCCGCUCCGCCUCGGCCUCGCUGCUGCCGGACGCCUUUGCCCUGACCGCCUUCGAGCGCGAGCCGCAGGCUCUGCGGCGCCCGCCGAGGCCCUUCCCUGCGGCGGCUCCCGCCCCCGACGGCGUGGAGCCGGGAGAGGCCCAGACGCCCCCUGGAGGCCCCCAGAGGAGCUCCGGGCCGCGUCCGGCCGCGCAUGCGCACGCCGAAGCCCUGCGGACACGCUUGAGUGCAUCGUGGGGAGAGCCCGGGGGCCUGCGCACGGUGGGUGGCGACGGCAGCACCAGCAGCUUCCUCAGCUCGCCGUCGGAGUCCUCUGGCUACGUCACACUGCACUCAGACUCGCUGGGCUCGGCGUCCUAAGACCCCCCUAGCGCCUCUUCUCUGACGCCGGGCAGGCCGAGUGGCCUGCAGGGCACAGCACCAAAGAUGCCACCUCUGUCCCGCGCGUAGACAUGUGUCACCCCUCCAGGGGUGAGUGGGUGGCAGCUUAAGCGCCUCUGUUCUCCUGCUGCUGCCUGCUGGCAUUGCCCUGGGACGACUGCUGCCAUGCAUGACUGCGCUGAGCACGGACCAACUGCUGGGCAUGGCAUCCUGGAAGCAGACUGAGGCUGGGCUUGGGUAGUGAGUAAAGUGUGCGCCUCUGGCUGUGCUUUCCCCAGCCCCAGGCAACUGGGCUGAGAGUUAGGGAAACCCUGGGCCUGGGCCUGGGCCUAGGCCCCCAUCAGACAAAACAAAGCUGCGCCUUGCAAGAGCACAACAGGAGCAAGCAGCCACUGGACCACACCCUACACUGUAACUGUCACACCCCAGGACAGGGUGUAGAGGAUCUCUAAGCACAGGGGUCUUCAGAGCCCAAACAAGCUUUCUGAACAGGUGUCCCUGUUUCCAACCUGUUCUGCCUCAGUUUCCCCAUCUGUAAUGAACAGGUGACCAUGUUAACUCUCAGGGCCGUUUGAGGAAGUCUUCUGGUCUAUGUACUCUGGCCACUGAGUGGACCAGGUGUGAGAGUAGUCUAGGACCCUCUGUGGGUCUUUUGUGGGGGUCGCUUUUCAGCAAGUGGCCUGGUAUGGCACCCCAGGCCUGAAGCCCCCCUCUCUCAGUACCCCUUGCCUCCAUGGGGCUCACACCCACCCCACUAAGCACAACACUUUUGCAUUGACACCACAGCCACCUGACCACCAUUUCCAUUCCCACCCUCAUCACUCUGCCAUUGUUGCCCCCCUGUCCCCACUACAUCAGCCACCUCUGACCCCCUCCGUGAAGGUAGUAGGUACAGGGUGAAGAGGACUAAAUCAGAGAGGCCUGGACUUCCUUGUUCUGAAAUUGCCCAUCCCCAAUUUCACCUCCCCCCACCUGUGCAGGUCUGGCACCUGGCAACAGUCCUCUCUCCCAGGGAGAGAGCUUUUUUCCACUCUCCCUCCUGGGCAGACCCCCUGCAGGCAUUGGCUUUGUCAUAGGCCCUGGGUCUUGAGCUGGUAGGAUAGGGGGCAGUUCAGAGGCUGUUUCCUCCAGGCCUUGUCUCUAUGCAGUGGCCCCUUAAUGUGAAGACUGGAGCAGUGCCCAAGGCCAGCACAGAGACAGCCUGUGCCCUGUUCCCUCUGCCCCUUUGUGUGGCCAAGCCCAUCUCCUCACCCUCUGGACAUGGUCCCAGCCCCAGGAGAUGCUGCUGGGGGGAGGCUGUCCAACUCUGUCUCUGCCUCAGAGACCCUAUCAGUCCCUGUCUGUGGGGUAACUGGGGGAUGAGUCAGCCACAGGCGAACAAGGCAGGGGACUGCCAUCCAGACAUGGACAGGCAAGGGGCCACUUCUGGCCCAUGCUGCUGUGCCUUCUUCAAGGACCGAUGUGUUAUGUGGGGGCAGCCACUGUCUCCUGCAUUUUAGGGGCAUUUGUCCAUUUGUCAGCUUGAGUUUUCACCCAUUUGUCACCUCGAGUUUUUGCUCUAUAUAUUUCAUAUCCAAUGGCAAUACUAGAAGGGGCUGAAAUCCCCUGAAAUCACUUCACUCCUGAAGUUUCUACAAAAAGGAGAGGACCCCAAGUGGAGGACCUGGGGCCUGAGCUCUCCCCCAAACCUUGUCCAGCCACCCAGCCUGUUUGCUGCAUUAAGGAGCUUACCUGGGCUUACUGAGGAAGCUCUGUCUUCAUACCACCACCCAGCCUGGAAGCCAGGAUCCCUUUGUAGUUUUUUGACACUGAGCAUUUCUUCUGUACAGGACCCAAUAAAAACUUCCUUAAG